GCGUUUCUCUUGGGUGCCCGUCCAGGUCUCGCUCACCCGCCCACCCACUUCGCUUGGACCGCUGUCAACCCACACACGCACAGCCAUGAGCUUCGCUGAUGUGAAGGCCCCCGCCGGCCGCUACGAGGGCGUCACCCGGCCGUACACCGAGCAGGAUGUGCAGCGCCUGCGCGGCAGCGUGCACGUGCAGCAGACGCUGGCGCAGCGCGGCGCGGAGAAGCUGUGGGAGCUGCUCAAGAACGAGCCCUACGUCCACGCCCUGGGCGCCCUGUCCGGCAACCAGGCCGUCCAGAUGGCCAAGGCGGGCCUGAAGGCCAUCUACCUGUCGGGCUGGCAGGUGGCUGCGGAGACCAACACCGCCGGCGCCACCUACCCCGACCAGUCCCUCUACCCAGUCAACUCCGUGCCGGCGCUGGUCAAGCGCAUCAACAACGCGCUCCAGCGCGCCGACCAGAUUGAGUAUGCGGAGGGCAAGGUCACGCGAGACUACUUCCUGCCCAUCGUGGCAGACGCAGAGGCCGGCUUCGGCGGCCCGCUGAACGCGUACGAGCUCACCAAGCACCUGAUUGAGUCUGGCGCGGCAGGAGUUCACUUUGAGGACCAGCUUUCGAGCGAGAAGAAGUGCGGGCACCUGGGCGGCAAGGUGCUGGUGCCUACGCAGUCGGCGGUGCGCAACCUCAUUGCGGCCCGCCUGGCGGCCGACGUGGCGGGCACGCCCACCGUGCUGAUUGCGCGCACCGACGCACACUCCGCCAACCUGCUGACGAGCGACAUCGACGACGCGGACAAGCCGUUCUGCACCGGCAAGCGCACGCCCGAGGGCUUCUUUUACGUCAACUGCGGGGUCAAGCUGGCCAUCGCGCGCGGCCUGGCCUAUGCGCCCUACGCCGACCUCAUCUGGUGCGAGACCUCCACGCCCGACAUGGAAGAGGCGCGCGAGUUUGCGGAGGGCAUCCACGCCAAGUACCCCGGCAAGAUGCUGGCCUACAACUGCUCCCCCUCCUUCAACUGGGAGAAGAACCUGAGCAAGGAGCAGAUCGCCACGUUCCAGCAGGAGCUGGGCAAGAUGGGGUACAAGUUCCAGUUUGUGACGCUGGCAGGCUACCACGCCCUCAACUAUUCCAUGUUCGACCUGGCCGCCGGCUACCGCGACCGCGGCAUGGCCGCCUACUCCGAGCUGCAGCAGCGCGAGUUUGCGCGCGAGAAGGACGGCUACACAUGCGUGCGCCACCAGCGCGAGGCAGCGACCGGGUACUUUGAUGCUGUGUCCGAGAUAGUGUCUGGCGGCCUCAGUUCCACCACUGCGCUCAAGGGGUCCACCGAAGCUGCCCAGUUUUAGGGCGUGCAGCCAAGGCCAGGAAGGGUUAGCUCAGGACGCCCACUGCCACCCAAUAAAUGCUUUUGUCAACGGAACCCCUUGUAGCUUUGUGAUGAACCUCACCCCUUGAUUGCGCAAUGUCCCCCCUCGCCAUUUUUUUCCAAUUGCGCGUCGCUGCAUGCCGCGGCGUGCACCCAAGUUUUGCCCCCCUCCCUUAGCUUGUUUCUCGUCACGUUUCACACAUAGAUACAUACCCGUACACUGUACAAAGACUGUAACAUGCAUGCAUG